AUGGAACAAGAGAUCACAAUUCUCCCACCAGCCAUGGAGGCAAAUUCCAGCCAGAGCCCCGCAGCCGUGAGUGCCACACACCUCGUCAUGGCCGUGUUGCUCUUCCCCACCUCUCUGGUGGGUGUGGUGGUGAACAGUCUGUACCUGUGGGUGCUAAGGCAGAAGAUAAGGAGGACGGUGACCACACUCUGGUUCCUCAACCUGGUGUUGUGCUACCUCCUCUUCACCCUGCUGAUCCCCUUCUUCGCUGUCUACAUCCUCCUGGGUUACCGCUGGGUCUUCGGCACGGCCAUGUGCAAACUCUUCAACACCUGCAUCUCCGUGGGCAUGUUCUCCUGCGUCUUCCUCCUCACCCUCAUCAGCCUGGACCGCUACGCCCUGACCUGCCACCCUGUCUGGUCCCGGCAUCAUCGCACCAUGAGCCGGGCUAGGAACCUUGUCGUGGGUAUGUGGCUGGUUUCCUUUGCUCUCAGCACCCCCUACCUGGCUUUCCGGGAGACCCGUGUGGAGGAGGGGGGCAGAAUCAUCUGUAUCAACAAUUAUGCUCUCUCCAAAGCCUGGACCAGAGCUGAGAUGCUGGAUCGGGAGAGACAGAUCCAUGUGGCCAUCUUUGUAGUCCGGUUCCUGCUGGGCUUCCUGCUGCCCUUCUGCACCAUCGCAGGAUGUUACGGCCAGAUGGGGUUGAAAAUGAAAGAGAAGAGGCUGGCGUGGGGUAGGAAGCCCUUCAAAGUCAUGGCUGCCGCGGUGGCUUCCUUCUUCCUCUCCUGGCUUCCCUAUCACCUCUACCAUGGAUUGAAGCUCUGCAAGGAUGUUUCAGAGUUGGUGACAAGUGCCAUGUUCGUUAUUUACAUUGUCACAUCCUUCUUCAAUGCCUGUUUCACUCCCGUCCUCUACCUGUUUGUGGGGGAAAAGUUCAAGCAGGUCUUCAGGACGUCUCUUCUCACCCUGGUCAAGGCGGCAUUUGUUGACGAACUCGAGAGCAGUGCCCACGAGUCUAGUGGAAGACACGGGUCAGAAAUCCAGAACAUAUAA